GGAAGGACGCAAAUAAAUUGAGGAAUUUAGGUCAAGUGUUGGUUUUCUCUUACUCACGUUGGCCACUCUUCUAUUGCGGCUAGGGUUCUUCUUUUUUCUCCAUUUAACUUUUUGUUUUUCUACAACAUCCCUGUUCUUUCUUUUAUUAUAUUCAUGGAGCUCUUGUUAAGAUAGGUUUCCUGGUCGCCUUUCUCGGAGUGGAAUUUCCUGUUUUUUGAGGUCUUUUUUGGGGUAUUUGGUUUCGAGAUUAGUUUGGAAAUGGCGACCGUUAAUCCUUUUGAUUUGUUGGGGGAUGAUGACGCCGAGGACCCCUCGCAGCUAAUUGCGGCUAAGCAGGUGGCGGCAGUAACGGCACCGCCGCCCAAGAAAGGCUCUGCUCAGACCAAACCGGUGGUUUCGCCGUCUCAGCAAAAUAAGCCUGCUAGUCUUCCUUCCAAGCCUCUACCACCUUCUCAGGCUGUAAGAGAAGCAAGGAAUGAAGGCAGUCGUGGAGGCCGUGGCAGUGGACGAGGUGGAGGACGAGGAUAUGGGCGAGGCCGUGAGGGUGGGGGCUUCAAUCGUGACUUUGCCAAUAGUGAGAACACUAGUGCACCUGAGGAUGGAGAGGCUGGAAAGACAACUGAAAGGCGUGGAUAUGGUGGGCCUCGUGGUCGUGGUGGCCGUCGUGGUGGUUUCAAUAAUGGAGAGGCUGGUGAUGGGGAACGCCCUCGUAGAGUAUUUGAACGCCACAGUGGAACUGGCCGUGGAAAUGAAAACAAACGUGAAGGGGCUGGUCGUGGAAAUUGGGGAAGACCAGCUGACGAAUUUGCUGAGGUAGCAGAGGAAGCUGUUAAUGAACCUGAAAAGAAUGUGGGUGAUGAGAAGCCCGUUCAAGAGGAAGAUACAUCAGGUGUCAACUCGGAGAACCCUGCUAAAGAACCAGAGGAAACAGAACCAGAAGACAAGGAAAUGACUCUGGAGGAAUAUGAAAAGUUGCUUGAGGAUAAAAGGAAGGCCCUCAUGGCUCUAAAAACUGAGGAGAGGAAGGUGGAUCCCAAAGAAUUUGCAUCCAUGCAACAACUUUCAAGCAAGAAGGAGAACAACGACAUCUUUAUUAAAUUGCAGGGAUCUGAGAAGGAUAAGCGAAAAGAAAUUGCAGAUAAGGAGGAGAGAACUAAGAAGUCUUUGAGUAUUAAUGAGUUUUUGAGGCCUGCGGAAGGAGAGCGACACUACACCCCAGGUGGCCGGGGAAGGGGUCGUGGUCGUGGUUCAAGGGGAGGAUACGGUGGCAGCUCGAUAAGCAAUGUUGCAGCCCCAUCCAUUGAGGACCCUGGGCAGUUCCCGACCUUAGGUGCAAAGUGAAUUUCUCUAUAAAUUUUCCCUCGAAAAACUGUGUGUUUUUUUAAUCUGGGGCAGGAAAUUGACUAGAAUAACAGUCGUGUCUCCAGUAUCAAAAUGAUUUUCAUGUUUUUCUUCUGGUUUAGGUGUAAAUUGUGAAAGUCUUGUAUUUGUCCUGGUCUAUUUUCCGUUGUGUGUUCUCAACUGUUGUUUCAGACUGUUUGACAGAUGAAACUAUAUAUUUAUGAGUUCCUUCGUCCCCCACAGAGUAUUGUUUACUUCCCAAAUGGGGCAUGUUGUUGUU